AUGGCCAGGUUCAAUAUCACUACUUCAAUUGCAGUUCUUUUCAUUGCAAUAUUUGCUGUAGCUGCUGUCGAGGCAUCAAUUUACAGGACUGUUGUUACCACCACUGAGAUCGAAGACUCUGCUGAAAAUCAACAAUCACAGAGGUGUCAGAGGCAAAUGCGCGGAAUGCGCAUGAAUAUGUGUCAACAAUAUUUACGACAAUCAUCACAAAGAGGUGAUGAUAUUAUGGAGGAGGAGAGCAACCCAACAAGGCAAGGACUACAGGACUGUUGUAGAGAGUUGAGGGGAGUGAGCGAGGAGUGCAGAUGUGAAGCUAUUAGACAAAUGGCGCAACAAAUGCAAGGACAGGCUUACCAGGGGCAGAUGAUGCAGAAGGCCAGACAACUUCCUUCAAUGUGCGGAAUGAGGCCUCAGUACUGCGAUAUCCGCGGACGAUAUGUCGAGUACUAG